AUGCCGCUACGACGGCGUCAUCCGCCUCCACAGACGCUCCCCAUCCCCACUUCCGUGGAGCCGCCGUUUUUCUUCCAUUAUGAGGCCUCGGAGUUCGUCGCGUUCGGGCGGGAAGGCGAGGAAACGCACCUCGCUGGGGGUUUUCCAAAGGACCCUUCUCCUUCUUCUUCCUCUCCUUUUUCCACCGCGCCGAUCGUUAGUGGAAGGGUUCAUUCGUUUUCCUGUCGAAUUCGCACGGCGCUCCGUCAGCAGCGCUUCCCCGCCACAUUUCUGAUGAUCACGAACAACACCUCCCGCGCGGGGGCGGCGUGUUGGCGAGGGAAUAAGCUUACUCUACGUGGAGAGGGGCCUUCCGAUUCUUCUUCUUCUGAGGAUCGCGUGGGGAUCGCGCCGUGGGUGUUAAAUUUUGUCUUCCCACGCUCCCGUCUGGCAGGGGAGCGCGAGGAGGAGCGGCGACGAGCGCAGGAGGCGCUUUUGUUACGCGCGAUCGUCUUUCAGGUCGUCGGGAUGGAGACCGGGAAGGGGUGGUUCGCGCACGAAAAUUCGCUUUUUUACGUGUUAAACAGCGGGGUGGAUUUGGAUGAGGGCCGGAUGUACUUCGUCCUUCAUCUUCACCUCCCAACGGGGAUACGGGGGGUGGAAAAGGGUAAACCAUCCCACGCCUCCCCACUGAGGGGUCUUGAUCGCGAGGAGGUGCUACUGCUGGAGGAAAAGGAGGUUGCGUUCUUGGCGUUGGAGAAUUUACGCGAACAGUGGGGCAUGCCGGAUUGCUGCGGUGGUGCGGUGAGCCUCGCCGCGGCGUUUCCCGAUUCGGGUCUGAAAUGA